UCCCGCCGUCUGCCCACGUACAGUAGCAGCAUGCCUCAGCACAACACGCUUGACCCGGCCGAGCGGCUCGCGAUCCUCGAGAAGGCGUCCGGCGGCAUCCAAGACCUCAUCAACUGGGCGCAGCAGAACGCCCAAGGCAAGAUGCUUCCGAAGACAACCAACUGGACGUUUGAGGCGUGCCGCAUCGAGCUCAACCUCGACGACGCCGGUACGUUUGACGAUGUGAUCCGCCUGUACCAGAACCCUGGCGACGCGGCGGCCGCCAUGCACUACUUGCACGUCGACAAGUCCCAGGUGCUCUUCCCGCUCGAGGCCGACGGCAUGGACAUCUCGCUUCGCCUCGGCAUCUUCAAGGCGCCGCUACCGUUCAUGCGCGAGCGCAGCGCCACGUACAUCGAGUACACCAAGGAGUUCACGGACGAGCACGGCCGCCGCGGCUUCGCGCGCUACAUCCGGUCGCACGCGCUCGGGUCGCUCCACACGUGCUACGUCCGCGCCAACAUUCGGUCGUGGGGCGUCGUCCUCGUCGAGACGGCGGAUCCCAACGUCCUCCACGUGAGCAGCACGGUCGACAUCGACUGGAACGGCAACAUGGCGGCGUGGGUCGCGACCAUGAUGACCUCUCGGCGCGCGCAGAGUAUCAAGCAGCUGCCGUCGGCGCUGCGCCUCUCCAAGAAGCUCGCGACCAAGCACUGCGGCGUGUGUCGCUCCAAGCCCGGCUUCUUCAGCGGGUCGCUCACCGAGUGCACGGACUGCACGAAGCUCGUGUGCGCGUCCUGCAUGUCGGUGCACAAGACGACCGAGAACGGCGCGGCGUGCUGGGGGUGCAUCCGGCACAAGUCGAGCCUCCUCCUGCGCGCGACGGACGACGGCAAGACGGUCCUCACGUCCUAUGACGCGCCGCCGUCACCGCUCUCGUGCGACCACAAGAGCCAUAGCCACCUUGUCGACAAGAUGGGCUGGACGUCGCCGCAGAACAACGGGGUCCACCAAGCCAAGGAAGCGUUGGUCGACCUCUCGUACCUCCCGCCGGCGCACGCCAAGACGUUGGCGGCGUAGUCACCGAACGAGUGUAUUUAUGACAAGACAAUAAUGUGUUUUUCUUCUGGCCAAAA